AUGGGUUCAGUAUUUUUACCACAUUUAAACACUGCUUGGCACGUUGAUCAAGCUAUAUUAUCAGAAGAUGAUAGAUUAGUUAUAAUUAGAUUUGGUAGAGAAGAGGAAAGUCAAUGUAUGAUUAUUGAUGAAUUAUUAUUUUCAAUAUCAGAAAAGAUUAAAAAUUUUGGUGUUAUAUAUUUAGUUAAUCUUGAUAAAGUACCUGAUUUUAAUCAAAUGUAUGAAUUGGAUGAAGAUCCAUUUUGUUUAAUGUUUUUUUAUAGAAAUAAACAUAUGAUGUGUGAUUUUGGAACUGGUAAUAAUAAUAAACUAAAUUUUAUGAUUUAUGAUAAACAAGAAUUAAUUGAUAUAAUUGAAACAAUUUAUAGAGGUGCAAGAAAAGGUAAAGGUCUAGUUAUAAGUCCAAAAGAUUAUAGUCGAAAUAUAUAUUAA